AUGGAGAACCACAAGUGUGGAAACAGUGACUUCCCAUUUGUGAACACUGAAGUUGUAAGGGACCGACUGUAUCAGCUGAACGUUCACCAGUCCACGGGGCUUGAUGGGGUACAUCCCAGAGUACUGGAGGAGCUAGCAGAUGUUCUGGCAGGGCCCUUCUCGAUCAUCUGCCAAAGGUCUUGGGAGUCUGGGGAGGUCCCUGCUGACUGGAAGCCAGCCAGUUUUAUUCCUGGCUACAAAAAGGGCACACCUGAGGAGCUAGAAGAUGUAUCUGACCUUGAAGAAGACCAUGAUGCACGUAGUCGUACAAGUAUUCAGACUGAAGGGAAAACUGACAGGGCCAAGAUGACUCAACUGCCAGAGGCUGAAAAGGAAAAGAUAGCUGAGCAAGUGGCUGACUUUAAGAAAGUUAAGAGUAAGCUUGAUGCAGAGAUUGAAAUAUGGGACGAUACCAGCAAUGACAUAAUUGUUUUGGCCAAGAGGAUGUGUGUGAUUAUGAUGGAGAUGACUGACUUCACAAGGGGUAGAGGACCACUGAAGAACACAUCUGAUGUAAUUAAUGCAGCAAAAAUGAUUUCAGAGUCAGGAUCGAGGAUGGAUGUCCUCGCACGGCUGAUUGCCAAUCAGUGUCCAGACCAAUCGUGCAAACAGGAUUUGUUGGCUUACCUGGAACAGAUCAAGCUGUACUCCCAUCAGCUCAAAAUCUGCAGUCAAGUUAAAGCAGAAAUCCAGAACCUAGGUGGAGAGCUCAUCAUGUCUGCUUUGGAUAGCGUCACUUCACUAAUUCAGGCUGCCAAAAAUUUAAUGAAUGCUGUGGUGCAGACAGUGAAGAUGUCCUACAUUGCAUCCACAAAGAUUAUCAAGAUUCAGAGUCCUACUGGCCCACGACAUCCUGUUGUGAUGUGGAGAAUGAAGGCUCCAGAGAAGAAGCCCCUAAUUAAAAGGGAGAAGCCAGAAGAAAUCUAUGCAGCUGUCAGAAAAGGUUCUGCAAAGAAGAGAAUCCAUCCUGUCCAAGUCAUGAGUGAAUUUAGAGGCAGAGAAAUAGUCUAA